AUGGAGCACGGUGUCAAUGUAUCUCUGCCAUACGAUGAGAGAGCAGCGGAGAUGAAGUGCCAGGAGCUAGCGAAACAGCCGUACUUCGACCCUGAGAUGGUGGUCGGCAGGCCCUGGAGGGUCUACUACUCCUGGAACAUGAAGUUCGAGACCAAAUGUCUUGAUAUGUACUUCAAACAGGCUACACCGGCGAUAAUCCGCCGGAUAUACAACGACAUGUUGGAGUACCUGAUCGAGCAGCCGACGUGGGGCGCGGCCUCGCUCCUGGUGGCGAUGGGGCACAACCGCAAGGAGCUGCUGCUGUUCGACGACCAGGGCCCCGCCGGCCGGUUCGUCGGAGUGCCUGACGUGAUGAGAGACGGCAAUAUAUCGCCAAUAAAGAAUUCGGUGCCGCUUCUCAAGUUCCAGAUGAAAUUGAUAGAGAACGGGCGGUUCUUAGUGACGCAGGACUGCCAGGUCGGCAUAGGGGAGCUGAGCGUGCGCUUGGAAGACGAACCCACCCGCGCAGAGAUCCUUUCCGUGGCCAAGUCCCUUGGGCACAUCUUCGGAGAUGGCUCGGAGGCGUGCGUGCAGGAUUUCGUCAAAAGCGACAACAUAUUGGCGUAA